GUCUGUCCUUCUGGUACUACAUGUUUGGUCCCACUGUAGGAAGCCUGGAUAUCUACUUAACAACCCAAACUAAACGUACUCUCUUCUUUUCCCGAAACGGCACGCAGCGUGAUCAGUGGCUCCAUGCCCAGCGCCAGAUCAUUAGUCCUACUGACUAUCACCUCUCUAUAUAUGGCUAUGUUGGCAAUGGAUAUCAGGGAGACAUCGCUAUUGAUGACUUUGGAGUUACUGCUGGAGCCUGCCCUCCUAGUCGAGGUUGUGGGUUUGAAUUUGGAUUCUGUGGAUGGACUCAGUUGGCUAACGGAUGAAUUUGAUUGGUCAAUAGGAAGCAAUGGUACAGCUUCCAGAGGCACCGGUCCUGCUUUUGACCACACAUAUGGAUCCAACUCUGGACACUUUGCUUAUAUCGAAAGUUCAGCACCCCAACGACAGAACGAUCGAGCCAUCAUAAAGAGCCCUCUUUACAGUGGAUCAAACAACCGAUGUCUACGUUUCUGGUACCACAUGUAUGGACAAAGUAUUGGGUCUCUCAAUGUGUAUACUCAGAUCAAUGGAUCCUUCCCACGACAAAUCUGGACCAGAAAUGGGAAUCAGGGUAACAUGUGGAGGCGAGGAACUGUAACCUUGCCUGCUAACCACCAUUCCUACAGCAUUCUAAUAGAGGGAGUUAGAGGUUCCAGCUACACAGGAGACAUAGCUGUUGAUGACCUGUACAUCUCUGAUGGAAGUUGUCCCACCACAGGAUUCUGUAACUUUGAACAAGACACAUGUGGCUGGACUAAUGCAGUGACAGUUGAUGACUUUGAUUGGUUGAGGGAUCGUGGUGGUACUACAAGUAAAGCCACUGGACCCAGUGUUGACCACACCACAGGAUCCUCCUCCGGUUACUACAUGUACAUAGAGACAUCCCAGAGGGGCCUCCAUCGAAAGACAGCCUGGCUGGUAAGUGAUAUACUCACACCUACCACUGGCAGCUGUUUGAGAUUCUGGUACCAUAUGUAUGGAUCUGGCAUUGGAAGUUUGAACAUAUACACUCAGAACACCGGAGCCAGUACCAAGACCCUGAAAUGGACAUUAUCUAACAACCAAGGAAAUGUCUGGAAGCAAGCAACUGUAUCUGUACCAGCAAUGCAGCAGGAGUUUAACAUUAUUUUUGAGGGAGUUUACAAUGGAAGUUAUCUUGGAGAUAUUGCCAUUGAUGAUGUUGCAUAUGUUGGAUCUCCUUGUAGUGUCCAGCCAUCAACCAGCCCUUCAGCCAUCACUGUGUCCCCUUCACCAUCUACCUACCCAAGUACACCACUUGAUUGUAACUUUGAGCAUGGCAUCUGUAACUGGCAACAGGACCAAUCAGACAGUUUUGAUUGGUCACUUCACAGAGGAUCUACAUCCUCCAGUAACACUGGGCCAACCACUGACCACACACUACGCAAUGUUAAUGGGCAGUAUGCUUACAUCGAGGUGUCAGGAAAACACAACAAUGACAAAGCUAGGCUUAUUAGUCCGAUCCUUAACAUUGGCUCUCAAGGCAUGUGUCUUAAAUUCUGGUACAACAUGUAUGGUGCCAAUGUUAACCAUCUCAACAUAUACACCAAUUCCUCUGGAACUGCCAGUUUGGUUUGGACAAGAUUUGGUGACCAAGGAAUGGACUGGAAGUAUGCGCAGGUCCACAUUGAAAAUACUGGCAGAUCUGUGUUGGAAUUCGAAGGUGUAGCAGGUCCUCGCUAUGCAGGUGACAUUGCUCUGGAUGAUAUCACAGUCAACACUGGCAACUGUCCUCAAGACGGUACAUGUGACUUUGAAAAUGGACUUUGUGGUUAUGUUCAGUCAGUGAGUGAUGUGUUUGACUGGACAUUAAAUUCUGGGCGGACCUCGAGUGCAGCUACUGGUCCACCAACUGAUCAUACCUUUGGUACCAACGAGGGUCAUUACAUGUACAUUGAAUCUUCCCGACCUCGUCGUCCUGGUGACAAAGCACGACUGAAUACCCCACAGUUUAGUAAAACCUCUGCAUCCUGUUUCCAGUUCUGGUAUAGUAUGAAUGGCAGAACUACUGGCCGUCUCAAUGUUUAUCAGCGAGCAGUGUCCACGGCAAACCUUGGUCAACCAAUCUGGAAGCGAAGUGGCCCACAAGGACCUCGGUGGUAUCUUGGCCAAGUUACGAUAAGAAGUCAGACUGACUUUUUCCUGACAUUUGAGGGAGUGGUUGGAAGUAGUUUCUACAGUGACAUAGCCAUAGAUGACAUUACCAUGACUACUGGGUAUUGUCCUCCUCCAGGUGACUGUGACUUCGAAUCAGGAUUUUGUACUUGGUACAAUAACCAGGUCAAUGAUACAUUUGAUUGGCAGAGGAAUAAGGGGCCAUCAACUUCCACAGGCACUGGGCCUAUGGUGGAUCACACCCUGAACAGCAGGUAUGGAACCUAUAUCUACAUAGAGGCUUCAUCUCCCAGACACUCUGGUGACAAUGCCUACCUCAUGUCCCAGAUGUUUGGUCCACAGCAGAGAUGUAUACAGUUCUACUACAACAUGUACGGUGCUACUAUGGGAUCCCUUAACCUUUGGAUGUGGCAAAAUGGUGGACAGACAUCACACAACUUGUGGACCAUGAUGGGUAAUCAGGGCAAUGCCUGGAAGCAAGUUCAGAUACAGAUACCAGCAGCAUCAUCAAGUUACAGACUGGUGUUUGAGGGAGUGAUAGGCAAUGGAGUGACCAGUGAUAUGGCCAUUGAUGAUAUAAUAGUUGUACAGGAUUAUGCUCCCAGAUACCAUCCCCAACUCCAGUAGUCACAUGUGCAUUUCCACUGCAA